CCGAUUUAUAUUUUUAAAAGAAAAAUAUUAACGCAUCAUGACUUGUCAGUUUUAAAAGGAUAUAUCACCGAAAAUUAAAAACUGUGCAUUAUUUAGGUAUACUCAACAUCGUUUGUAUUUCCAAACCUGCUCUUCCGUAGCAGAAUUUACGGGAAUAACCACUCUGGAAGCUAAGUAAAAGAUAAAAAGAUAAUUGCGACUUUUUAUAUCUCGCAGUUCGGACUUUAUCACUCGCAAUUGCGAUUUUAUAUCUCACAAUGCUGAGAGAAAAAAGUCAGAAUGGCGGUAACUGUUAUAUAUAUAAAAAAUCAGAACAGUGAUAUUACAAUUACCUUUUUUUUAUUUUUUUUUUAUUUUUUUAUUUAGAGAUGUCUGUGUCUCCUUUCAUGCAGGUAAAUAUAUUCAAACCAGCCCUGUUAAUUGGAUCCUUUUAAAAUCCUUUAAGCUGGUCUAAAGAAGUCUUCACUGCUGCACAGACAGAGAUGAACACAGUCUACCACUAUGUUAGAUAAUACAGAAAGUAAAAAUGAUUCAAUGCUUUCCAGUGAGUCGGCACUGAAAUCCUCCCUGAAGAUAAAGAAGAAAGUAAUAACUGAGGAGUAUAAGCUUGCAGGACAAGUGCUCGGGAUAGGCAUCAAUGGAAAGGUCUGGGAAAUAUUCCAGAAGAAAAACGGCAAACACUAUGCCUUAAAGAUGCUGCGGGACACCCCUAAGGCUCGACGGGAGGUGGAACUUCACUGCAGGGCAUCAAGCUGCCCACGUAUUGUAGAAAUUGAAGAUGUCUUUGAGAAUUACUACCAACGCAAAAAGUGUUUGCUUCUCAUCAUGGAGUGCAUGGAGGGGGGAGAACUCUUUCGCCGCAUUCAGGAACGUGGUGAUCAAGCUUUCACUGAAAGAGAAGCCUCAGAAACAAUGAGAAGCAUAGGAGAAGCUGUCGAGUUUCUGCAUGGUAUUAACAUUGCUCACAGAGACCUCAAGCCAGAGAAUUUACUAUACACAUCAAAACAGCCAGAUGCCCAGCUCAAGCUUACAGACUUUGGAUUCGCCAAAGAGACCACAUCCAACAACUGCUUGACCACCCCAUGCUAUACACCUUAUUAUGUGGCCCCAGAGGUGCUUGGUCCAGAGAAAUAUGAUAAGUCAUGUGACAUGUGGUCAUUAGGAGUCAUCAUGUACAUCCUGUUGUGUGGAUAUCCACCAUUCUACUCAAACCAUGGCUUACAACUCUCACCGGGAAUGAGAAAACGGAUACGGAAUGGCCAGUAUGAAUUUCCAAACCCUGAAUGGUCACAGGUGUCAGAGGAAGCAAAGCAGCUCAUUUGCCAACUGCUGAAAACAGAUCCUACAGAGAGAAUGACCAUCACAGAAUUCAUGAACCAUUCUUGGAUCAAUAAGUCAAUGAUGGUUCCUCCGACACAUCUGCACACAAGUCGAGUCCUUAUGGAAGAGAGUGAUGUCUGGGAUAAAGUCAAGGAAGAGAUGUCUAAUGCCUUAGCAACAAUGAGAGUGGACUACGAACAAAUAAAGAUCAAAGCGAUCGAGGACUCAUCCAAUCCUCUUCUUUUGAAGAGAAGAAAGAAAAUGGCGGCUGCAAUGAAAGAAGCACCAGGACUGUGACAA